AUGGUGAAUUUUGGUCGUGGUAAGAGAUCAGUAAAACGAGAAGAUGGAGCAGAGGGAGCGAUGGGCAGUGGAGGUGAGAGUAAGCCUGCGAAAACAUUUGAAGACGAAUGGGUAUCGGACGAAGAAGCGGAUAAUGGGGAUAUGCGUGACCUGUUGAAGGAUGAUUUUAUAAGUGAUCUGAGAUGUGGUAGCGUAAUGCCACUUGUUUUACCACUGAGUGAUGAAGCUCAAUUCAAGUCACUGUUGUCACGAAGUGUGAAGAAAGAAGAAAUUGAAGUUGAUGGUGAACAAUUCCUACAAACCGAUUUGAAAGCCGAAAAUACUAAUUCACAAAAUGGUUCACAAACGGAGAAG